UAAACCACCCAAAAGAAUUUUGCCCGUUCUCUCUCCUUCUCUCUCUUUCCGCUCUCCCUUUUUUAUUUCAAUUUUACUCUCCAAAGCUUUGCGUGGCUCUUUGUCUCUCGCUAUCCCUAAGCUUUUGAAUUUUUUAGCGUCGUCGCCAUGUCGGACGAGGAGCAUCACUUCGAGUCGAAGGCCGACGCUGGAGCUUCGAAGACUUAUCCUCAGCAAGCCGGAACCAUCCGUAAGAACGGUUACAUUGUCAUCAAAGGCCGUCCUUGCAAGGUUGUGGAAGUUUCAACUUCCAAGACUGGGAAGCACGGUCACGCGAAAUGUCACUUUGUUGGAAUUGAUAUCUUCACUGCCAAAAAGCUCGAAGAUAUCGUUCCCUCCUCGCACAACUGUGAUGUUCCUCAUGUCAACCGUACUGAAUACCAGCUGAUUGAUAUCUCCGAGGAUGGAUUUGUGAGUCUGCUGACUGAGAAUGGUAACACUAAGGAUGAUCUCAGGCUUCCAACUGAUGAUAAUCUGCUUACGCAGAUCAAGGAUGGAUUUGCUGAGGGGAAAGAUCUUGUUGUGACUGUCAUGUCUGCAAUGGGAGAGGAGCAGAUCUGUGCUUUGAAGGACAUUGGCCCCAAAUAAAUGCCCCAGCCCAGGCGUCCUCGAGAACGCUCAUUUCCUAGAAUCCUUGAAAUUAAAAUGAGACGGAUAAAUAGAAGUUUUUUUUCACUUUUUACUGAGGGGUUUCUAUAUGGGUUUGAAAAGUGGAGGUUAUAUUUAAGGAACAUCAUGACAAAGAUAUGGCCUCCAGUUAUAAAGAUGACUUUGCCAUUAUUAAUUAUAACCUUAUAUGAAGGAUAUUUUUGUUAUCUUUGUUCAAUUACUGUCUGAUACCCGAAUUGAUUUUUGUUUCCUUGUUUCCAUUGCAUUGCCAUUUAUGGGUUGGGAAACUUCUAAUUUGUUGUUAUUCAUAAAAUAGCCUGUGCGAUGCGUUGGAUCCUACUAAGAAUGCUUAUGUAAAUAGGAUGAUUGAGUUCAAUUGGAUGUAGAGUGAAAUGCUUUGAUGAAAGAGAUCAAAUUCAGCAAUAUAAUAAUAAAUAAAUGCUUUGAAGGGCA